UUUACAUUUUGCUUUCCAUACGAGUAAAAUACAUCAUUUCAUUUAUUCAACAUUUGAACCUUGAAAGACCCAUCUCUAUCUCACUCCUCAACCUUUUUUCCCUCAAAAAAAUCUUCAAAAUUUCGAAAUCUCUUGGAAAAAUUAUCACAUUGCUCGAUCAUCCCCUCACAUUUCAAACACAAAAAUCUGGAAAUUUUGCUUUCGUUUCAAUCCCGCAUUGCAAAUUUCUGUGUGGAUAAUCGAAUCGAAAAUGAGCUCACAGAGAUCCUCAAAAACCCCAAACCAAACGGCGGCCCCAAGAACAUCUUCGUCCUCACUCUCCUCCCAUCUGGCCAUGGUGGAGCUGAAGCAGCGGAUACUCACCUCCCUCUCCAAGCUCUCCGACCGCGACACCCACCAGAUCGCCCUCGAGGACCUCGAGACCAUCAUUCUGUCCCUCUCCAGCGACGGCGUCCCCAUGCUUCUCAACUGCCUCUACGACGCCGCCACCGACACCAAGCCCGCCGUCAAGAAGGAGGGCGUCCGCCUCCUGGCCGUCCUCUGCGCCGUCCACACCGACCCCGCCGCCACGCAUCUCCCCAAGAUCAUCGCGCACAUUGUGAGGAGGCUCAAGGACUCAGAUUCCCAGAUCCGAGAGGCCUGCCGCGACUCAAUUGGCUCGCUGGCGGGGAUAUAUCUGAAGAAGGGCGACAGCGUCGUGUCUCUUUUCGUGAAGCCGCUGUUUGAGGUGAUGAGCGAGAACAACAAGGCUGCCCAGGGUGGGGCCGCCUUGUGCCUGGCCAAGAUGGUGGAGUGCGCCUCUGACCCGCCAUUAAAUACUUUCCAGAAGCUCUGUACGAGGGUCUGCAAGUAUCUCAAUAGCACGAAUUUCACGGCCAAGGCUUCUCUUUUGCAAGUCGUGUCUAGUUUGUCCCAGGUAGGAGCAAUUUCACAACAAAGUUUGGAACCAUUACUUCAGAGUAUUCACGAAUGUCUUAGCAGUGCAGAUUGGGCGACGAGGAAAGCUGCUGCCGAAACAUUAAUUGUCAUAUCUUCAAACACUGGCAACAUAACUGCAGAAGUAGCUGCUCCCACUUUGAGCGCGCUUGAGGCUAGUCGAUUUGACAAGGUAAAACCAGUUAGAGAGAGUAUGACUGAGGCUUUGCAGAUAUGGAAGAAAAUUUCUGGUAAAGGAGAUGGACCUUCAGAUGAAAAUAAACCUUCAUCUCAUUAUGGCGACAAUUCUGAAUCUGGUGACCCAUCCAAUCGAAAAGACCUUAGUUCUGGUGAUAGAGAAAGUGCAAAAUCAGUGAAGGAUUCACCUCAUGGCUUGUUUCCAACUGAUGUUAAUUCAAUCGCCAAAGGCAACAACAUUUUGGACAAGGCAGUCGGGAUCCUAAAGAAGAAGGCACCAGGACUAACAGACAAGGAAUUGAACCCCGACUUCUUUCAGAAACUUGAAACCAGAGUUUCGGAUGAUUUACCUGUAGAAGUCGUUCUUCCUCGUCGAUGCAUCAAUCCUUCAAACCCUCAAACCGAGGAGUUGCAAUCAAAUGCAGAUCAAAAUGAGGUGUUGCAAUCAAAUGCAGAUCAGAAUGGGUCCGGGAUUAACUGCCAGGCUGGCGAUGGAGCCUCCAGAACAAGACAGGGAAGCCGGGAGAGACGAGAUACAGGUGAUUAUCAUAAUCGAGACACAUCAAAUGCUUAUCCAGAUUUUUCGAGAACUCACGAACAAUCGGAAGGACUUAUGAACAACAAAGGAAACUGGAUGGCUAUCCAAAAACAGCUGCUGCUGCUCGAGAGACAACAGGCCCAUCUCAUGAAUAUGCUGCAGGUCAUGUUGACCCUAGAAGACCGAGUACGUGGGCUCGAGAGAGUCAUCGAGGACAUGGCAAGGGACUUAUCUAUUUCAUCAGGCAGGCCCUGCUUUGAGGGCCCCACUAAUAAUAGUAGGUUCCUCGGAAAGUACAACGGCUUCGCGGACUAUUCCGGUGGCAAGUCAGGUAGAGGUGGCGACAGCUGGAUUCACGUUGGGGAGAGAUUCACAAAAGCAAGGAGCCCUUACGGUUCAGAUUCUUGGGACCUCCAUUAUGGGAAAAACGGGCAGAUUGGCCCCAGAAAAGGAAUUCAGCCCAGUAGUAAACUGGAGAACGAAAAGCGGGCUUGGGCAAAGGGAGUUGGGCCCGUCAGGUUUGGGGAGGGCCCAUCGGCUAGGAGCGUGUGGCAGGCUUCGAAAGACGAGGCCACUUUGGAAGCUAUUCGGGUGGCUAAUAUGGCUGAGAGAAGAGGUGAGGCAUUAGCAUUAGGUGGUGGUGAUAAUGAUGAUGGGGUUCGGGAGCGGGACUCGGUUUGGACUGCUUGGAGCAAUGCAAUGGAUGCUUUUCACAGUGGGGACAUGGAUUCGGCUUUUGCCGAGGCUCUGUCCACCUGUGAUGAUGUCUUGCUUGUGAAGCUCAUGGACAGAUCAGGGCCUGUCUUGGACCAGCUGUCGGGCGAGGUGGCUAGCAAGGUUCUGAAUGCUGUUUCGCAGUUGCUGAUCACGGACCACAACUUUUACGACAUGUUCUUGUACUGGAUUCAGCAGCUGACAGAUAUUGUCAUGGCAAAUGACCCUGAUGUGCUGGGUAUCCCAAUGGAAGUAAAGCGGAAUAUUCUACUUAAUUUACACGAAGCAUCUUCACUCAUCGAGCUUCCCGAGGGCUGGGAAGGAUCACCUCCAGAUCAACUCCUAAUUCAGCUGGCUUCAGCCUGGGAGAUGAAUCUGGAAAAUCUUGGCAAGUAG